AUGGGGGGCGGAGCAGCCUGGAUGGGGGGGCCUUGCCCAGCCGCCCUGGCGCUGAGCGAGCUGAGGUGGUGCGCCAUCUCGGACCCCGAGCGGGAGAAGUGCGAGGCCAUGGCGGCCGCCUUCCGGGAGGCCGCCAUCCAGCCGGCCCUGCGCUGCGUCCUGGGCACCUCGGCCGAGCACUGCGUCCGCCUCAUCAAGGACAGCGAGGCAGACGCCAUCACCCUAGAUGGGGGAGCCAUCUAUGAGGCCGGGAAGUACUAUGGCCUGAAGCCCGUGGUGGGGGAGCUGUAUGAUCAAGAGCACGGCACCUCCUACUACGCCGUGGCCGUGGUCAGAAGCAACUCCUCCCUGACCCUGGGCGGCCUGCGGGGGGCGCGCUCCUGCCACACGGGCCUCAACCGCACGGUGGGCUGGAACGUGCCCGUGGGCUACCUGGUGCAGAGCGGCCGGCUCUCCGUCAUGGGCUGCGACGUGCUGCGAGCGGUCAGCGGCUACUUCGGGGGCAGCUGCGUCCCCGGAGCCGGGGAGACGGCGUACGCGGACUCCCUGUGCAGCCUCUGCAGGGGGGACGCUGCCGGGGAGGGAAGGUGCGCCAAGAGCCCCCUGGAGAGAUACUACGAUUACAGCGGGGCCUUCAGGUGCCUGGCAGAGGGAGCCGGAGACGUGGCCUUCGUGAAGCACAGCACGGUUCUGGAGAACACCGAUGGGAGGACGCUGAGCUCGUGGGGCCGGCCGCUGCUGUCCCGGGACUUCCAGCUGCUGUGCAGGGACGGCAGCCGGGCGGAGGUCACCGAGUGGCGGCGCUGCCACCUGGCGCGGGUGCCCGCCCACGCUGUGGUCGUCAGGCCCGACACGGACGGGGCCCUGGUGUUCCGGAUGCUGAAGGAAGGCCAGAUGAGGUUCAACCACGAGGGAGCCAGCUUCCAGAUGUUCGAGUCCCAGGCCUUCGGGCAGAAAAACCUCCUGUUCAAGGACUCCACCACGGAGCUGGUGCCCAUCGGCACCCAGACCUACCAGGCCUGGCUGGGCACCGACUACCUCCACGCCAUGAUGGGCCUGGUCUGCGACCCCGACCGGCUCCCCCGCUACCUGCGCUGGUGCGUGCUCUCCGCGGCCGAGAUCCAGAAGUGCGGGGACAUGGCCGUGGCCUUCAGCCGGAAGCAGCUGAAGCCCGAGAUCCAGUGUGUGAGCGGGGCGUCCACCAGGCACUGCAUGGAGCAGAUCCAGGCCGAGGCAGCCGAUGUCAUCACCCUGAGCGGCGGCGACAUUUACACGGCCGGGCAGACCUACGGGCUCGUGCCAGCUGCGGGGGAGAGCUACCGGACAGACAACAGGAAGGACUCGUACUACGCGGUGGCCGUGGUCAAGAGGAACAGCUCCUACUCCUUCACCCUCGACGAGCUCCGGGGCAAACGCUCCUGCCACGCCGGCCACGGCACCCCGGCCGGCUGGGACAUCCCCGUCGGGGUCCUGGUGCAGAGGGGCUUCGUCCGGCCCAAGGGCUGCGACGUCCUGCAAGCCGUCAGUGAGUUCUUCUCGGCCAGUUGCGUGCCCGUGAACAACGCCCAAGACUACCCGCCCCGGCUGUGCGAGCUCUGCAUCGGGGAUGAGCACGGCCUGAACAAGUGUUACGGGAACAGCCAGGAGCGCUACUAUGGUUACAGCGGGGCCUUCAGGUGUCUGGCCGAGGGCGCUGGGGACGUGGCCUUCGUCACACACUCCACUGUUUUUGAGAACACCAACGGCCACAACCCCGAGGACUGGGCGCUCCACCUGAAGUCCGAAGACUAUGAACUGCUGUGUCCCAACGGCGCCCGGGCCGAGGUCACGCAGUUCGCGGCCUGCAACCUGGCCCAGGUGCCGGCUCACGCCGUCAUGGUGCGGCCAGACACCAACCCCUUUGCUGUGUACGGGCUGCUGGACAAAGCGCAGGAGCUGUUCGGGAACGACAGCAACAAGAACGGAUUCAAAAUGUUCGACUCCUCCGACUACCACGGCCAAGACCUGCUCUUCAAAGACUCCACGGUGCGCUUGGUGCCGGUCAGGGAGAAGACGUCCUCCUCGGCCUGGCUGGGCCAGGACUUCGUGGCUUCCCUGGAGGGCCUCAGGUCCCUGCAGUGCUCAGGGGCAGUGCCGGCCGCCCCCGCCCUUCUGCUGCUCCUGCUGCUGACCCUCGGCUCCGUCCUCAGCGGCCCCGCCCUGUGACAGCCCCCCCUUCCCGAGAUCCGCCCCGCGGCCCUUCCUGACCCAUCCCCCAGCCAGGGUCCGGGAGCCUCAGACCGAGAGGGUCCCCAGGACAAGGACUUCUGCAAAGGAGAACAGAUCUUCCUUCUGGCCCCAAAUCUGGAUUAGAGCAAGGCUGAGGGGGUCGUGCCCGGGAGCCCCCUCCCACACUCCUGGAGCAGAGCUGGGCCACCCCCAGGCUGCCCCUACCUGCCCCCACCCUGGGGCAGAACCCCUGGCACCGAGGGCUUGGGGCGCUGCAGAGGGCACCGGCUCCCUCCGCUGGGAACCUCGGUCAGCCCUGCCCUGAGGGGCCAUCCCACCGAGGCUGGCUUCUAGGCCCUGACCACUUCAGAACCCCCAAGACAGAGCCCCAUGUCCCGGACCCCCCCAAGGCCACGGAGCCCCACGCCCCGGACCCCCCC